UCUCAAGAAGCCUCGCAGUGCUGCGGCUGCUCGGCAACGACUUUAUUAACGCCAAUGCAGUAAGUAGAUACGCCUGCUUUAUUGUGAGAUUUUCAUUGUGUUGUCGUUUUUUCAACUUGUGCAAAAUUAAUGAUCGAGGAAAAAGUUUUGACAGUCAGUGAGAUAAUCGUAAAAAAAAAUUAAAAAAAAAACGUAGUUUUUUUUUUAAACCAAAAGUAUGUAACAUCGAUGGUAAAAGUUCAAUAAAAGUUUCGCGUCUUUGCGUACUUGUCUUUGGUUUUCAUUUUUUGUCUGAACGAAAAGUGAGCGACUCCUUAUGUAAUUUACGUACUCGAUGCGUACUUGGCCAGUAUAUAAAAGUUUGGUCAACGAUCAUCGACGGUAUUUUUUUCGCUCGAUUUUUUUUCCUCAUGAUAAGUUAACGUCAAUAUUGAAUCGAUUCAUAUUAAUAAUAAUGCGAUAACUCCUGCAUCAUCCGAAAAAAAAUCGUUAACAUUUCCGCUACAGAAUACAAAUUUACAUACAUAAUUUUCCACUUUACCCAUACACAAACAAACAAGCACCAGACUUUCCAAACAAAGCCCAAACAUUGAAAUCGGCUCCGGUAGCUUUUACGGCCGAUCUCAUUAAACUCUUCCCAUUGUUUCGGCGCGUUAUAAUUAAUAGAAAUCGUCGGCUAGGCUAAAAAGGAACUACAGCACGGUUUUCCGGAGCGGACAACCGUGGAUAAAAACGGUACAUCUGCGGUCGGAGCCUUGCGCCGCCGCCGCAUGUCAAUGGCUCGUGACGAUAAAUUUCACUUCUCUUUCUCUCUUUCUCUCCUCCGGUCUUUGCAUAAUUUUUCCCGUCGCGCGUAAGUACUUAUCGUAAAUCUGAUGGGGCAAGACCAUAAUAUAACAGCGGGGAUAUUCCGAUUGGCCGCGCAUUGUCAAAACUGCGACGAUGGGAGGAGGCUUUCACCUUUCAUUAUCUCGGCCAAAAAAUCAGUCGACGAUCGGCAGUGUCGCGACACGGAGCGAUCGAUCGUUAGAGAAAAAUCGGCGAGAGUUUUUCGCGAGUUGUCGUUGCCGUUCGCGCCAAAGAGGGUAUAAUGAAGCUGCCUCUACUGUGUAUAGAAAGCCGUCGCGUGGAAUGAUUUUAUAAUGAUGCGUUAUAUUCUGUGCAAUGAUAAUGAUGAUAAUUCCGUAAUCGAGAUUCUGCGUUCUAUAUCAGAGGCGUGAAAAAUUUAGAAAGUUCGACGGCUAUUCGAGACGGGGGAAAAUGAGUUUUUUAAUUAGAGACGUCGAGUCGAGUUUUAAUACACAUUGUGUAUUAUUGCGAUGUAUAUAAUACAGAAGAAGUCGUCGGCUGACGGAUUUUAAAUUCGCUCGACAGCAUCGUCAGCGUUUACACAACUGCUCUAUCACAAGAAUGAUAAAUGCCUCUCGCGGCUCGGAAAAGUUUACCUUGGGACAAUAAGUGCAGCGGCAUCAAUUAGCGCUAUUAUGGAUUUCGUCGACUUUGACGUCGGCUACGAUUUCGUCGAGUCGCAUCUCAUCACCGAGUGGUGGAGCGAGAUCAAGACGAGACCGCCGCAUCCUCAGGAGCAUGUGUCGGAGUUCUGGUCGACGCAUCCCAAUCCCGCGUUCGGCUACGACCGCGAUUUCAUCCAGAGGCACAACCAUCAUGGCCUGCCGACGAGGAGCGCCUGGAACAAACCGAGCGGUAUGGCGAGCGUCAUGCCGUGGUUGGUGACCAUGUCACUUCUGGGCUUUCGGGAGUUCGCCGAGUCCAGUGGUCCGACAGCCCACAUUUCGCAAGAGCUCGAAGCGCCGCCGCCUCUGCCUCAACUGUCUCCCCUGGACUUUGUCUCGCCGUCCAGCGUCUCGUUCAACGAUCCAGCUUUCGAUAACGAGGAGACACCGGUGCACGUGGACUGCGAUUUUCCGAGUAACCAUAAACCGUCGAACGCGAUUAUCCAUCGAGCUAAGGAAAAGCCUCACGGAUUCCAGAUAGAUCCGAAUUUCGCGCCGAACCUGCAGAGCCUACAGCCGGAUAACAAGAAGAACGAGCGAAAUCUGGAUUCCUUUCAAAACGGCGCCAAUUCGAACAACAUCGCCCAGUCGUCGAAGCCUAAUCUGCAGCCGAAUCAGGUCAAUCAGAGCGAGAGAUUUUUCGCUCCCGGACACACGUUCAAGCCGCCCAAGGAAAGCGGCUUCAAAGACGAAUACGCCGGGCCUGCUAUGCAUCUGGCUUAUUAUUGGAAAACCAUCGACUACGAGUUCGACAGCGACGAGGACAGGAAUAGUCUGAUCUACAGCGGGACCUUCAUUCCCGAGAACAAUCUACCUCUGGGACUGGAAAUUUGGAAGGACAAGAUCUUCGUCAGUAUGCCCAGGUGGAAGAAGGGUAUACCCGCGACUCUGGCCACCAUACCCACCAAAUCGCACGACAAGAGCCCAAAACUCAAGCCUUACCCGGACUGGAGAUGGCAUCAUCUGGGCAACUGCCAGGGCCUGACGUCGGUCUUCAGGAUGCAGAUAGACGAGUGCGACCGUCUCUGGGUGCUUGACUCGGGGAAGAUCGACAUCACCGACGACCCGCUGCAGAUCUGUCCGCCGACGAUCUUCGUCUUCGACCUCUACACCGACGAGCUCAUAAGAGCCUACACCUUACCCCACGACCAGAUCAAGGAAGACUCGCUCUACUCUAACAUAGUCGUCGACGUGAGAAACGGCGACUGCGAUCGAGCCGUCGCCUACGCGGCCGACGUCUGGCGCUUCGGUCUCAUCGUCUACGACUUCCACAACGACUCGUCCUUCCGAAUCCAGCACCACUACUUCUUCCCCGAUCCCUUGUCCUCCAGGUACAAUCUCCACGGCCUCGACUUCCACUGGACGGACGGUCUGUUCGGCAUAGCUCUGACCCCGGUCGACGUGAACAACGAGAAGACGAUGUUCUUCCAUCCGAUGUCGAGCUUCCGCGAGUUCGCCGUGCCGCUGUCGGCUCUGAGGGACAAGAAAGCCGCGGAGGACAGUCCCGAGAAAUUCGUACCGGUGGGCAAGCCCCGAGCCAAGGACUACGGCCACUCGUCGGGUUCGACUAUCGACAGGAACGGCGUGAUGUUCUUCAACAUGGUGACGAGGGACUCGGUCUGGUGCUGGGACACCAGGAAGGAGUACAUACCUCAGAACCUCGGGGUCAUAGGUUCCAGCAACGUCUCGCUGGUAUUCCCCAACGACAUCAGAAUGGAUCACGAGGAGGACCAGAACGUCUGGAUACUGUCCAACAAGCUGCCCAUGUACCUGUAUGGGUACAUGAACAAGGACGAGGUGAACUUCAGGAUUCUCAGAGCUAGUGCCAAGGAGGCCGUGAGGAACACCGUCUGCGAUCCCAACUACAUCGUGCCAGAGUCUCUGCCGAGCUACGACGUGACUUGCUGAGUUUUUUAACGUCUAUUCAAUUCUGUAACAUAGCGUGACCCGUGACCCUGUAGUAGAUUCUGUAUCUUCUAUGUUGUAAGUGUAGGUAUUAUCAGUGUGUAUUUAAAAGAAACUGUACAUUUUCAUCAUUUUGUAGAGAAGAAAAAAAAAUCAAACAUUACGACGUGUAAUAAAGUAAGUUGUAUUUAUAAGCCGACAUCCUAGUGAACGGGUUUUAUGUGUGUAGAAAGAGAGAGAGAGAGAGAGAGAGAAACUCGUUGCCAUCUAAUGUAGGCACUAAAAUAUACGCAUACGAAUAACAAACUUUUUUGUACAAAA